CUGCGUUGUGUCUCCGUCCGGUUCUCCUCCUGUGGUUCGGUCGGGCCCGAACGAAGUCUCCUUGAAAACGAGUGAGCUGAGCCUUGAGACAACACAGGAUUGGGUAUCAGCUUAUCUUCGAUAGAAAAGGAAUGCCUUCUUUCAUCUCCGCAGCAACAAAAGAAGAGAAAAACACAUCGUUCUGAGGACAGAACAAAAAAGGAGAGAUAUCCUUGAUUUGCAGAAGGCAUCUCAAAAUGUCGUGUCGAGCCGCUCUGAGCCCUCUUGUCCGUUCCCCUGGAUGGUGCUUUGUGUUACCGCCGCAUGGCAUCGCAGCCAUUUCCCGUCUCUAUCUCCCUCACCAUACCCACAGUUUAAGGAAUGAAUCCAUCCGUUGUUGGAGCAACAUCCCAUUUAUCACCAUGCCACUCAGCCGUGCACAUGGCAAAUCAUUUGCACACCGCAGUGAGCUGAAGCACGCAAAGCGGAUUGUCGUGAAGUUGGGCAGUGCUGUUGUGACAAGAGGGGAUGAGUGUGGCUUAGCCCUUGGAAGGCUGGCAUCUAUUGUGGAGCAGGUGUCAGUGCUGCAGAAUCAGGGCCGAGAGAUGAUGAUUGUCACCAGUGGUGCUGUAGCUUUUGGAAAACAGAGAUUGCGUCACGAGAUCUUGCUUUCUCAGAGUGUGAGGCAAGCACUUCAUUCAGGCCAAAGUCAGCUAAAAGAUAUGGCUAUUCCAGUCCUGGAAGCUCGAGCCUGUGCAGCAGCUGGCCAGAGUGGACUGAUGGCCCUGUAUGAAGCCAUGUUUACACAGUACAGCAUCUGUGCAGCUCAAAUUUUAGUCACCAAUUUGGAUUUCCAUGAUGAACAGAAGCGGCGGAACUUAAAUGGAACGCUACAUGAGCUUUUAAGAAUGAAUAUUGUCCCGAUAAUUAACACUAAUGAUGCUGUUGUUCCACCUCCAGAACCAAACAGUGAUCUACAGGGGGUAAAUGUGAUUAGUGUGAAGGAUAAUGACAGUUUGGCAGCACGUCUGGCUGUCGAAAUGAAGACCGAUCUCCUUAUUGUUCUUUCAGAUGUAGAAGGACUCUUCAACAGCCCUCCAGGAUCUGAUGAUGCAAAGCUCAUUGACAUAUUCUACCCAGGAGACCAGCAGUCUGUGACAUUUGGAACCAAAUCUCGAGUGGGAAUGGGAGGCAUGGAAGCCAAGGUCAAAGCAGCUCUGUGGGCCCUCCAAGGAGGCACUUCUGUAGUGAUUGCAAAUGGAACUCACCCAAAGAUCUCUGGUCACGUCAUCACAGAUAUUGUGGAAGGGAAAAAAGUUGGAACUUUUUUUUCAGAGGUAAAGCCUGCAGGCCCUACAGUAGAGCAGCAAGGUGAAAUGUCUCGAGCUGGUGGCAGGACCCUGGCAGCACUGCAGCCUGAGCAGAGAGCAGAGAUUAUUUAUCGUCUUGCUGACUUACUAACUGAUCAAAGAGAAGAAAUCCUCUUGGCAAACAAGAAGGACUUAGAAGAAGCAGAAAAUAAAGGGAGACUGGCACUUCCUUUGUUGAAACGUCUAAGUCUCUCUACAUCAAAGCUGAACAGCUUGGCUAUUGGACUACGUCAGAUUGCAGCUUCCUCACAGGACAGCGUCGGCCGCAUAAUUCGGAGAACAAGAAUAGCAAAAGACCUGGAAUUGGAGCAGGUGACAGUGCCUAUUGGGGUUCUUCUCGUGAUUUUUGAGUCUCGCCCUGACUGUCUCCCACAGGUAUCUGCUUUGGCCAUUGCUAGUGGAAAUGGUUUGCUACUUAAAGGAGGAAAAGAGGCAGCCUAUAGCAAUCAAAUCCUUCAUCAUCUGACACAAGAAGCACUUUCAAUUCAUGGAGUCAAAGAUGCAGUGCAACUGGUGAAUACAAGAGAGGAGGUAGAAGAUCUCUGCCGUUUGGACAAGCUGAUAGAUCUAAUCAUUCCACGUGGUUCAUCCCAGCUAGUCAGGAAUAUACAGAAAGCAGCAAAGGGAAUACCUGUGAUGGGACACAGCGAAGGAAUCUGUCAUGUGUAUGUGGACACGGACGCCAGUGUUGAAAAGGUCACGCGAAUAAUCAGAGACUCAAAGUGUGAAUAUCCUGCUGCCUGUAAUGCUGUGGAAACACUCUUAAUUCAUCGAGACUUGCUGAGAACCCCGUUGUUUGAUCAGAUCAUAGACAUGUUGAGAGUAGAACAGGUGAAGAUUCAUGCUGGCCCAAAAUUUGCCUCUUACUUGACGUUCAGCCCCUCUGAAGUGAAAUCUCUCCGCACUGAAUAUGGAGACCUGGAGUGCUGCAUUGAGGUUGUGGACAGUGUCCAGGAGGCUGUUGAACAUAUCCACAAGUAUGGAAGCUCUCACACGGAUGUUAUCAUCACAGAAAAUGAGAAAACAGCAGAGUUCUUCCUCCAGCAUGUGGACAGCGCUUGUGUUUUCUGGAAUGCCAGCACCCGAUUCUCUGAUGGGUAUAGAUUUGGACUUGGUGCUGAAGUUGGAAUUAGUACUUCUCGUAUCCAUGCACGUGGACCAGUAGGAAUUGAAGGACUCUUAACUACAAAGUGGUUGUUGAGAGGGGACAAUCAUGUUGUUUCUGACUUCUCAGAGCAUGGCAGCAUGAAAUAUCUUCAUGAGAGCCUCCCUGUGCCUCACAGAAAUACCAGCUAAGAUCACUGGGGAGGAAAACCAGGGUUAAAAUGUUUGAUGAAGAUGUUCAGGCUCCAGUGCAUUCUCUGAGGAGAGAGUUUUGCUUUUCAUCUCCAGGAUCAUUGUUCUUAAUCACUGUGCAGUCCAUGGAAUAUGUUGUGAUCCUAUCUGUGACAUACUUUAUUUGUUGCUGCCUUUUGCUAUUUCUUUUGGUAGUAACUGCAAGUAGACCUUGUUUUUCCCAGAGACUUUCUUUGAAAACAUACACGUACUGUUAGGAAAAGUUCAAAUAUCUGCUGCAUUCUUUUCACCCUAUUGUUCCCUCUGGCAAAUAUGCACAGUGGUGGAGGAGUAUGCAUUUUUUUUUCUUUACCUAGGUCUUUGUUUAGUUAAAACAUUUGUUUUGUUGAACAAACUUGGUAACUUUUCUUCAGUCAUGUGAUCAUGGCAGCUCUUGAAAGCUCUAAAACUUUGAUUAUUUUCUUAGUAUUUGAUCACACUGUGAUUACUAUGCAUUUGGAACAUACCUUUCACUAAUGUUUUGAUGGAGCAAUCUUUUAUAUCUAAUUUUGUUGUAUUUGUUGACAGUUGUAGAUAAAUAACACAAUGGUAUACAGUGUGAAUUUUGUUACCUAUUUGUACCAGAUGUUUAUUUCUCAUUGGUUUUAUAUGAAACAAUCCCACUAACUGCAUCACCCAGACAUAAUGCAACUUUGAAGUUUAGAAAAAAAUAUAUUUGAAUAAAAGCUUCCUUUUGUGUA